UUUGGAUUCUGUCUCCCGCUCUCUCUGUCCCUCCCCUUCUCAUGCUCGUCUCUCUCUCUCACUCUCUCAAAAAUAAAUAAAUAUUAAAAAAAAUAAGCCAACCCUGGUAAUUCUGAUGUUGGUGACUCUGCAGAUCACACUUGCAGAAAUUGGGCAUUGGGGUAAGAAUCAGCAAGUCGGACACAUAAUAGGUGCUCAGUCAACACUUGAUGAGUUGUAGGUCUGUGUGUAGGAAUGAAUAAAACAUACAAGAGCUCAUGGACAAAUGUGCAGAAGAACAGUUUGCGAAUGACAAUAUGCCGAAGGAGGGUGUCUGAGAAGGAGGGAACGCACGUGUGGCCGGGCGCGUGCCGGGGAUGAGGCUGGGGUUCCAGGACAGUGGGGGAGGGGCAGGACCUCCCGAGUGGGUUAAGUGAAGGGCUGUGCUCUGGUGUGUCUGGUGAGGGCCCGAAUGUUCCAAGCGGGAGCUCGAGGAGUUCUCCCCGAGGAUAGGCUGGGUUCUGGGAGCGGGGUAGAAAGGGGACCGUUAUUGUGGAAUCUAUAUAAAGUCCCUGCGGGGACCAGGGUCAGGGCAGCAGUGUGAACCUUAACGCAGAGUCUGGGCCCCGUCUGGGCCUAGAGUGAUGCCUUUGACUCCACAGCCGACCUUCCACAAGUUUGUUCUUUUGGGUGCCGUUGGGCUUUCUCUGAGGACGGGAGCCUUUCUCCCUCGUCUUCACUGCGGAAACCCCUGCGCAUCCUGCGAGACCCACCGAGGAGCGCUGCCUGCGCGUGACCUUCCCCGUUCUAGGUGCGGACCACCGCAGCCCGGCUCGGGGCGCUGCGGGAAAGCGAUCGGGGCAGGGGCUAGAAACCCGUGGCCCCUUCGUCUCAGUCUCCGUCUGCGGCUCCGCCUUCUUCUGUGGCAUCACGCUGGGAAGGAGACUCCCCUGUUUCUCGCUCUUGUCUCCAGGCUCCCAAAGAAGCCCCCCAUAUGGCCAGGCCUAGGGCAGGGGCCGACCUCCGGACCAGUCACCGUGGCUACCAGGCGGCAUCCUAUGGUAACCAUGGUGACCCCACCGCCAGUGGGGGCAGGGUCAUUCGCAGGGGAGAUGGAGAGCUUUCCAAAGGGUAGGGAGGGACAGCAACACGAGCGGCCCGGCCUGCACCCCACACCCAGGAAGGCCUCACUUGCCUCCUCCCCUCUGAUUCACGCUCCCAGUGGGAAGGCAGCGAUCAGCACACGCUUCUGCCAUUAUGUUCAUCUCCCUUGGAGACCGGGAGCUCCUUCAGGCCGUGCCGGCCUCAUCCGCCUUUCCCCAGUCCUGUGUCAGGGCCGGUGCACGCCAGUUGGUGAGGAUCAACCUCACAGAUCAACAACAGCCCUAAACCUUGGCUCUUUCUAUUUGAGAAACCACAAAGGAAAGGAGAACUGGAUUUGGCUACAUAAAAAAAAAAAAAAAAAAAAAAAAAAAAAAGGCACCCUUGAGCAUGGAAAAACAGACCGACAAAUCAGCCUUACUGUAAACCGAUGUGAAAGGCAAAUGAUGAGCUGGGAAAAUGCAGUUCCAGCAUAUUUGACAAAUAAAGAGUUAAAUAACCUUAAUACGCAGAAAGUACGCAUGAAUCCAUAAGAAACUGACCACCUCUGGGGGGAAAUGUACAGAGGGUAAAAGGAGAAAUGCAGUGGCCAACAACUGUGAGGAAACGCCUCUCAGUAAUGAGAGAAAUAGGAAUUAAAAAGAAACUACGAAGCAGAUUUUCGCCUGGAAGACUGGCAAAGAUUUACAUAUGAUAAUGCAUUUUCCAAGGAGGAGAGGUGUGUCUCACACUUUUGUGGGUCCUCCCCGUCCCGGGUCCGUAACCCCCUCCCUCUGAAUCGGUUACUUUUUGGCCGUCUCUUGCCUUCACUCUGGAUCCACUGAGAAUGUCCGUAGCUGCCACUUGUGAGCACCUACUGUAUGCCAGGCAUCCCACACAUGCCGUCUCAUUCUGGACAACCCAUGCGGCAUGGCUUACUGCCCCAUUUUGCAGAUGAGAAACCUGAGGCUCAACACGAAGGGACUUAGGCGACAUCUCACAUUGGAUAGUGUAGCCAGAAUUUGAAUCCAGAGAUAACUGGCCCUCAAGGCCAUGCCUUCCUUUCUCCUUCCCUUCUGGUCCGCGUUGGGGCCCUGGCUCUCUCGCGGAGAGGACACUGGCAGGGGUCCAGGCUGUCCUGGCAUCUCUGGUCUUCAGUUUGACUUUUCAGAAGCCACAGCCUGCAGGAGCUCCUCAGACAGGAUCAGUCCUGCCAUGGAGGCCAGUGGGUUACAGAGGCACGUCCCUGUCUUGGCCAGGUGCUGUUCGGUGCUUUUGCUUUACUGGGGCAAAUUAUCCCAUGAGAAUCUGAACCCUGAACUCAGUGUGGGAGUGUGGUUUUCUCGUGAACCCUGGGAGCGCUGAAGGGCAGAGCACCACACACACACACACACACACACACACACACACACGUGCACACACGCGCACACACCCCCGUCUUGCCUGCCCUCGAGAGGGCGGUGUGGCCUGGUAGUGGAGAACGUGGAUGAGGGUUCAGACUGCCCGGGUUGGAGUCUGCUUUCUGCAGAGU